UACCGGAAAAGCGUUCAUUGUUUUGGCGUUUCCUGAUAAACACACACGUCUUUUGGAGUAUCGCCGAUUAAAAACAACAAACAUCUUGACAGUCGGCACGUUUCUGGUGUCUGGUCAUCAUGACUCACUGGUUCCACCGAAACCCUCUGAAAGCCACAGCUCCAGUGUCCUUUAACCUGUACGGCGUGGCGUCCAGCCCUGCAGCCAAUAAGAUCUGCAAUGACCUGCGAACGGCGCGCGCUCGACUGCUGGACAUGUUCACCGACGCCACAUGUUCUCCAGACAUCCUGAAGAAAUCCAGCGACGAGUAUUUCGCUCUUUGCAGGGGUUUCAUUUUACCGCUUGAUGGCACUACACAAGAGAACAAGCUCAGAUUCAUUCAGAAUUUCAAAUGGACCGACACUUUACAGGGAAAUAUUGCCAGCGCGCAGCAGGAUGCCGUGUUUGAGCUGGUGUCUAUGGCCUUUAAUGUGGCCCUCUGGUACACCAAGUUUGCCUCUCGAUUGGCUGGAAAGGAGAACAUCACUGAGGAGGAGGCCAAAGAUGUUCACAAGAGUUUGAAAAUUGCUGCUGGGAUAUUUAAAACCCUCAAGGAGACUCAUAUUCCUCGGCUCAUCACUCCAGCAGAGAAGGGCCGAGAUCUGGAGCCACGAGUUAUCGACACGUACAUCGUCCAGAGUCAAGCAGAGGCUCAGGAGGUGACCAUCGCCAGAGCCAUCGAGCUGAAACACAACGCCUCCCUCAUCGCAGCGCUGGCCUUCGAGACCGCCAACUUCUACCAGAAGGCUGAUCACACUCUGAACACUUUGGAUCCAGAAUGCAGCAGUAAAUGGAAGAAAUACCUGCAGCUGAAGCAGCACUUCUACAUGGCUUACGCUCACUGCUAUCAUGGACAGACUCUUCUAGCGGGAGAUAAAUGUGGAGAGGCCAUAAGAUCCCUGCAGGAGGCUGAGAAAUGUUACUCUCGUGCUGAAGUCUUGUGUAAAGAGUACCGCCAGAUGAAGGGUCCCGGCAGCACCGCCAAACCCUCCGAACAGCUUUUCUUCAAGAAACUGGGCGCCGUCAUCAAGAACACCCUGGAGAAAUGCCAGAGAGAGAACGGCUUCAUAUACUUCCACAAGGUUCCUGCUGAAGCUCCGGCUCUGGAGUUGAAAGCCAGUUAUGGUUUGGCUGAACCGACUGCAUUCGAGCUCCCACCGCUCAACGCUCAGUGCACUGCUGAAGUCUAUGCCACCUUUGACCUGACCAGAGGACACAAAGACGACAAGGCGAAAGCGAAGCCUGAAGAGGAGAUCAAGCCGGUAAAAGAACCAGAUCUGAAGCCGCAGAAGGACACAGGCUGCGUUGUCUGUUAAAACACACACACACACACACACACACACACACACUGAUCAUAUAUAAUUAUAUAACAUAGUGAAAUAACAGUGGCGUCCGUCUCGUGCUGGGAUUCUGUUUAAGGUUUUUCCUCCACAAACAAAUGACGAAUUGAUGAAGAAUUAACUCUAAUCAGCCAGACUGGAUCUGAUUUGCACUGAUGAUCUCUCUGUAGCAGCCGAUUUUAGCCACACUGUUAGGGUCAGUUGUUUAGAUCGUUACAUCUACAGGUCACUCAUUUGUUUUUAUUCCUUCUUUUUGUGUGUGGGUGUAAAUAUUGAUGGUUUGUUUGACUCUUUAUAGUGAUGCUGGUUAAUUAUCAAUUGUUUACACAAAUAAUACAAUUAUAUAAAUCCAGUAAAUCUAAGAAACGACUGUCAGAUUUUACACGAUAUCUGAAGAAGAAUAUGAAGAAAUUAGGAUUUUAUUAAUGAAAAUAAAACAAUUUGAGCAGUAAGAUGUAUUGCUUUAUGACAUUGUUUUCAUGACAUGAGUGAAUUUAAGAUUCUAAUGACUGUAAUAGACCAUUUUGAGGGAUGUAAGCAAUAACAAUGGUCCUAACGUAUUUCCUGUUUUAUAUUGUUCAGUUCCAUAGCUCCCGAGAAUCCUGAAAGGUCCACAUAUUGAUAAACAAUGCUAUGAUAGCUGUUUUAACACUGAGAUAUGAUUGAAUUGCCUCAUUACAGAUAUUAAAUAGUUUGACAACAAGCAUGUUCAUGGUCCAAUGGCAACUCCAUGGUCUAUAGUAAAAGCUAAUUAAUUAAUUAAUCUAUAGCUGAAGAAAUAUUAGUUAUGUGACUAAUAAACAUUAUUUAGGUAUAGAUUUAUAUAAAUGAUCAUUACAUUUACACUACAGUGCACAUUUAUUUCUUAUUUGGUCUUUGAAAUAUUAAUAAUUGUUAUUGUAUUACUGAUUUAUUUCUAUAUUAUAUGUACAAUUUAUGAUGUAAUUUGCAUACAAUAACAAAUAUUUAGAAAUCUAUCUAUCUAUCUAUCUAUCUAUCUAUCUAUCUAUCUAUCUAUCUAUCUAUCUAUCUAUCUAUCUAUCUAUCUAUCUAUCUAUCUAUCUAGCUAUCUAGCUAUCUAGCUAUCUAUCUACCUACAGUAUCUACCUACCUACCUACCUACCGACCUACCGACCUACCUACCUACCUACAUGAUUAUACUCUUCUGUCUUUCUAUUCAUCUAAUUAUCCAUCUAUCUGUUUAUCCAUCCACUUAUCUAUUGUUCUAUCUAUCAUUCUAUCUCUAUCUGUCAUUCAACCGUUCUGUCUCUCCAUCCAUCCAUCCAUCCAUCUAUUUAUCCAUCUAUUGGUUUUUACCACCCAUUCAUGCAUCCAUCCAUCUAUCCAUCUAUCUAUCUAUCUAUCUAUCUAUCUAUCUAUCUAUCUAUCUAUCUAUCUAUCUAUCUAUCUAUCUAUCUAUCUAGCUAUCUAGCUAUCUAGCUAUCUAUCUACCUACAGUAUCUACCUACCUACCUACCUACCGACCUACCGACCUACCGACCUACCUACCUACCUACCUACCUACCUACCUACAUGAUUAUACUCUUCUGUCUUUCUAUUCAUCUAAUUAUCCAUCUAUCUGUUUAUCCAUCCACUUAUCUAUUGUUCUAUCUAUCAUUCUAUCUCUAUCUGUCAUUCAACCGUUCUGUCUCUCCAUCCAUCCAUCCAUCCAUCUAUUUAUCCAUCUAUUGGUUUAUCCACCCAUUCAUGCAUCCAUCCAUCUAUCCAUCAGUCUAUCUAUCUAUCUAUCUAUCUAUCUAUCUAUCUAUCUAUCUAUCUAUCUAUCUAUCUAUCUAUCUAUCUAUCUAUCUAUCUAUCUAUCUAUCUAUCUAUCUAUCUAUCUAUCUAUCUAUCUAUCUAUCUAUCUAUCUGCCAUUAUACUGUUCUGUCUAUCCAGCCAUUCAUCAAUCCCUUUAUCCAUCUGUUUAGCCAGUCAUCCAUGAAUCUAUCAUUCUAUUAUUUAAUCAAUUUUUCUGUCUAUAUAUAAAAAUAAUAAUAAAU